CUCCCUUUUGCCUAAUUUGCCUUUCUCUCUCUCUCUCUCUCUCUAUCUGACUUUCCUAAAAACAAUGGCAACGAUCAUAUCUUCCAUUCUCAUCUAAUCCAUUCUUCAACUCUCUUUUUUGAUAUUUUGAAUUUUUUUCAUCUUCAACUCACAAACCCUAAACUCAUUUUCACCUCGAUCUUACUUUUUCGGCUGUUCUCUAGAGAGUUUUAUUGGUUGAGCUAGUGUAAUUUGAAGAAAUCCAGCUGUAUUUUGCAUUCUCGUGGUGAUUAUUCUACUACAUUAAGUGAAUUGUUGAUGUAUUUGUAGAAGGGAGUUAAUUUGAGAUCAAUUGAACUGUUGAAUUGGGAAUUUUGUUGAGAGAUCUGUUUUACGGGUGAAUUCGGUGGACUUUGAAGUGAAGGGUGGAAUUGGAGGGUUUUGGAUCCGAUCAGGGGAGAAACAGCGCCAUUAGAUGGCGCUGUUCAGACGGUUCUUCUAUAGGAAGCCGCCGGAUCGGCUUUUAGAGAUCUCUGAGCGGGUUUACGUGUUUGAUUGCUGCUUCUCCACUGACGUGUUGGAUGAAGAUGAGUACAAGACAUAUAUGGGGGGGAUUGUAGCUCAGCUGCAGGACCACUAUGCAGAUGCUUCUUUCAUGGUUUUUAACUUUAGGGAAGGUGAUAGGAGGAGCCAAAUAUCUGACAUAUUGUCUCAGUAUGAUAUGACUGUGAUGGAUUAUCCUCGGCAAUAUGAAGGGUGUCCACUUCUGCCUCUGGAGAUGAUCCACCACUUCUUGCGCUCAAGUGAGAGUUGGCUUUCACUUGAGGGUCAGCAAAACGUCCUGUUAAUGCACUGUGAGAGGGGAGGCUGGCCUGUACUUGCUUUUAUGCUUGCUGGCCUUCUUUUGUACCGGAAACAGUACACUGGGGAGCUUAAAACUCUUGAAAUGGUAUACAAGCAGGCCCCUAGGGAGCUGCUUCAUCUUUUGUCUCCUCUGAAUCCACAGCCAUCUCAGCUUAGAUAUCUCCAGUACAUCUCCAGAAAAAAUUUUGGUUCAGAAUGGCUGCCAUCAGAUACACCUUUUGCCUUAGAUUGCAUUAAACUUAGUUUUCCUCCUCUAUUUGAUGGAGGGAGAGGCUGUCGACCUGUACUUCGCGUCUAUGGACAGGACCCUGCUUCAACAACCUCUAAUAGGAGCUCUAAGCUCCUCUUUUCAACUCUAAAGACAAAAAAACAUGCUCGCUUCUACCAACAGGAAGAGUGUUCAAUGGUGAAAAUUGACAUCCAUUGUCGUGUCCAAGGAGAUGUUGUUCUCGAGUGUGUCCAUUUGGAAGAUGAUCUAGUAAGGGAAGAAAUGAUGUUCAGGGUCAUGUUCCACACUACAUUUAUUCGCUCAAAUGUUUUGAUGUUAAUGCGUGAUGAUGUUGAUGUCCUGUGGGAUGCAAAAGACCAAUUUCCUAGAGGGUUCAAAGCAGAGGUACUCUUUUCGGAUCCUAAUGCUGUUCCAUCUGUUGUCACUGAGGAAGUGCCAAGUGAGGAUGAGAAUGGGACUGAAGGUGCUUCACCUGAGGAGUUUUUCGAAGUCGAAGAGAUAUUCAGCAAUGCUGUUGAUGGGCAGGAUGGAAGGGGGGAAUCUGGAGCCCACAUUGUCAAGGAAAGUUUGCAGGAUGAUGAUAGUAUUGAAAUGAUCUGGAAAGAGGAGGUGGAACAUCAUGCAUUUCAAGAUUGUGCAUCAGACGAAGUAAAUCACAAGCAAGAAGGAAAGAUGGAUUCUAAUCGCUCUGCAUCAGAAAAAAAUAUUUUAGGAGAGAGAGACAACUCUAUAUCCUCAAAGGUUAUAGUUUCCAAUGGUACUAGCAACAUGGAAUCAGAACAGGUAAUAUCUGGGGAUUGUGUUGCAUCAGAAAAUGGGGAACUAAAGCAAGAUAAAGAAGACACUCUGAGACAGAAGAAGUUAGAGAGGGAAGGUUCGCAUCAGAAGGUGAGUGCUGAUACUAGUAAACAAAAAAGUGACAAGACAACCUCAUCUCUAAAGAAACAGUCAUUUUCCAACGCUAAACCAGCUGCCGAUGGCGUUGGUCCGAAAAAUAAAUCUAAACAGCAGGAAAUCCAAGGCACCGUUUUACGACCGGCAAAGCCUAAUGCAGUGUCCCGGUGGAUCCCUCCAAACAAAGGUUCUUACACUAGUUCAAUGCAUGUAUCGUAUCCACCAUCAAGGUAUAACAGUGCUCCUCCUGUGCUUGCCCUAACCAAGGAUUUUCAGUCUGGGGUUAAAUCAAAGUCACCAUCUCCUCAAGCUUCUUCAGAAGCUAUAGCUUCUGCUGAAGCAGGUCGUGUUUCAGAGAAAGACUCUUCAUGUUCUGCAUCGGGUAUGUCAAUUGUGGAGGCAUCUGUUGCUACAAUAUCUGCCCCAGAAUCAGUUGAAAGCCAGGCCCUGAAGCUUCAUCCAUCUCCUCCAAGUCCGCUUCUUUCUCCAUCUCCAAUUACUUCAUCUCACGAACCUUCUGAUACUGAGGUAGCAGGAACUAAUUCACCAUCAGCGACUUCAGCUUUGUCUUCACAGGGGAGUAAUAUUACGACAUCUUCUUUGACUCAGCCGGACCCUUAUUCUUCAUCUGCUCUGCCCGAACCUCCCUCAUUUUCACCCCCUCCACCUCCUCCACCCCCUCCACCUCCACCAUUUACUAGCUCGAGGAUGACUCCGCUAGGUGCCUUUUCUCCUCCCCCACCACCACUGCCUCCUCCACCUUUGCCCUCAUCAUCCAGUGUAAUAAAUGCUGGUAGGGUCUUGCCACCACCCCCUCCACCACCCCUUUGGACAGGGUAUGGGACUUCCUUAGAAGUAGUAUCUAGUUCAUCGCCACCUCCACCUCCUCCUCCUCCUCCUCCUAUAUAUGCAUCCAUGUUACCAAGAUUGGCUAGCUUUGGGGGUUCCACAUUGCCGCCACCUCCUCCCCCUCCCCCUCCUCCUAUGCAUACUGGCUAUUCUCCUCCUCCACCACCUCCACCUCCUACUCUUGCCACACGAAUCCUACAUACCUCGCAAGUUUCUCCACCUCCACCUCCACCACCACCACCGCCGCCACCACCACCACCACCACCUCCUUCAACAUACGCUCCCCCUCCUUUAUUCAACACUCGAUCUGCACCAUCUCCGCCACCUCCCCCUCCCCCUCCUUUUUCUAGAGCGCCAACUCCACCACCUCCACCUCCCCCUCCUUUUUCUAGAGCGCCAACUCCACCACCUCCCCCUCCUCCUCCUUUUUCUAGAGCGCCAACUCCACCACCUCCACCUCCCCCUCCUUUUUCUAGAGCGCCAACUCCACCACCUCCCCCUCCUUUUUCUAGAGCUCCAACUCCACCACCACCACCACCGCCUCCUUCACGUGGUUCUGUACCACCACCUCCUCCUCCGCUGCCUGGAGCUCCACCUCCACCUAUGUGGGGGCCUCCACCUCCUCCACCUCCUCCUAUGCGGGGGCCUCCACCUCCACCUCCACCACCUGGAGCACCUCCUCCAAUGCGGGGCCCUCCACCUCCUCCACCUCCUCCUGGAGGUGGCCCUCCUCCACCACCUCCUCCAAUACGUGGAGCUCCACCGCCCCCUCCUCCUCCUGGAGGUCGUGCACCUGGUCCACCUCCCCCACCUCCUCCGGGAGGACGCGCACCUGGUCCACCUCCCCCACCCCCUCCUGGAGGGCGUGCACCUGGUCCACCUCCCCCACCCCCUCCGGGAGGACGCGCACCUGGUCCACCUCCUCCACCGGGAGCUCCAAGACCUCCUGGUGGUGGACCACCACCACCACCACCUUUUGGUUCUAAAGGACCUGCAGUUGGCAGAGGCCUUCCUGCUGGGAGAGGGCAAGGAUUUUCACGCGCAGCUGGUGGUGUAGCCCCACGAAGAUCUAACUUGAAGCCGUUGCAUUGGAGCAAGGUAACUAGGGCACUUCAAGGAAGCUUAUGGGAUGAACUACAAAGAAACGGAGAGACUCAAUUGUCACCAGAAUUCGAUUUUUCAGAACUUGAGACUCUUUUCUCUGCUACAGUCCCCAAGUCAGAUAAUGCGGGUAAAUCUGGAGGGAGAAGGAAGUCUGUUGGGUCUAAACCUGACAGGGUUCACCUGGUUGACUUGAGGAGGGCAAAUAAUACUGAAAUUAUGCUCACAAAGGUGAAAAUGCCACUGCCUGACAUGAUGGCCGCUGCCCUUGCAAUGGAUGAGUCAAUUUUAGAUGCUGAUCAGGUGGAGAAUCUUAUCAAGUUUUGUCCUACCAAAGAUGAGAUGGAACUUCUCAAGAAUUACACAGGUGACCAGGAUCUUCUGGGAAAGUGUGAACAGUUUUUUCUGGAGCUCAUGAAGGUGCCCCGAGUAGAGUCAAAACUAAGAGUUUUUCUCUUCAAGAUCCAGUUCAACUCUCAGGUCACGGACUUCAAAAAAAGCUUGAACACAGUGAACUCUGCUUGUGAAGAGCAGGUCCGACAUUCUCUUAAAUUGAAGGAAAUAUUGAAGAAAAUAUUGUAUCUAGGGAAUGCAUUGAACCAGGGAACUGCCAGAGGUUCUGCCAUUGGAUUUAAGUUGGACAGUCUUUUGAAGCUCACUGAUACUCGUGCUACUAACAACAAGAUGACACUCAUGCAUUAUCUUUGUAAGGUUCUUGCUUCCAAGUCACCAUCACUUUUAGACUUUCAUGUAGAUCUUGUAAGCCUGGAAGCUGCGUCAAAGAUACAAUUGAAGUCUUUGGCUGAAGAAAUGCAAGCAAUCAUCAAGGGUUUGGAAAAAGUUAAAAAAGAACUGGAGGCUUCGGAGACUGAUGGCCCUGUGUCUGAAAUUUUUCGCAAGACCUUAAAGGAAUUCGUUGGUGUGGCUGAAGCACAGGUUGGCUCUGUCAAGGAUUUAUAUUCUGUUGCGGGCAGAAAUGCAGAUGCACUUGCACUAUAUUUCGGUGAGGAUCCUGCCCGUUGUCCGUUUGAGCAAGUCACGGCGACCCUCUUAAAUUUUGUAAGGCUGUUCCGCAAAGCCCACGAAGAGAACUUGAAGCAGGCUGAAUUAGAAAGGAAGAAAGUUCAAAAGGAAGAAAUAGAGAACGCCAAAGGAGUUAAUCUCAAUAAGAAGGGUUUCAAGUGAAUCGGGAAUGAUAUCAUUGUUUCAGGGUGAACGAUCUGUCUGUUGGUUGACCAUGUUAACCGAAGAUAUCUGCCAAAGACAGACCAAAAGGCUCCUAGUGUAAGUGCUUUGGCAUUCUUUGGAUUCAAGAAAGAAUGUUGAGGCUUGUAAACCAGAGUGCAGUGACUGAUUUGCAGAUAGGAAGCUGAACCGGAGACAUCAUUGUCGGGGCUCUUGGAUGAUGCAAGCAACCUCUCACUCCAUAAAGAUCGACUUGAUUUUUUGUUAUUGGUAAGUGAUCAUGAAUGCUUCCAACCUGGAGAAAUUUGCUACAUUAUGAAAUAGCUGCUGCAAUCAAGACCGCGAGUUUGGAUAGAGCCAACAUGCUGGACUCGGUGUUGCCACAAUGUCCAGUGUUUGCCAAUGAUCGCCCUAACCGCCAUGCAACUGUAAAUUAGAAGUGUAACAUCAGUUUGUAUAAAGCCUAACCAGUAUAUCUAGAUUCAAAGUUAUUCUUUUCAUUGUAACAUAGAAAUAGGGGUUUCCUAUUGUGUCAGUUUUUAUGGGAACCUGCCACGAAAUUGAUUGUACAGAAAUCAUAGGAGAGAAUAGGGAUAGUUUCUAUUAGCAAAUAAUAUUGUAUCAAUAUGUAGGCUUUAGGGUUAGUUUCCCUUUUCCUAAAUACAAAUUUUGGAAAAUAUUCUGAUAUCUUCAUUUUUUUUAGUCACACAAGCUUUCUUGACAA